AUGAAACCAACCCAGUACCUCACAGCCCUCCUAUCCUCCCUCCUCCUCCUCCUCCUCCUAACCCUCACCACCCCCACCACCGCCAGAUUCAUCACCUCCCCCCGCUCCACACAUGCACAGCCCCCAAACGUCCUCAAGCUCCACCCCCGCGGCACCGACGCCAACCCCACACCCUCCACCUUCAUCUGCACCACCACCAAGAGCUCCCCCUUCACGAACCACGUCCUCUUCGGCGCCGCGGAGCUGCAGCAGGACCAGGGCACCCACUGGUGCACGCAGGACAGCCGCCGCGGGGAGGAGGAGGGCUGCAUCGAGCUCAUCAACUACGGCAGCGCCCUCGUCAUGAUGUGUGGCGAGUACAGGACGAAGCUUAGAUGCUACCACUUGGUGGAUGCGCUUGGUGGCCUGGUGGGGGCGUGUACGAAGGAUGCUGAAACGGCGGCCGGGAGGGUGUCGGGGAGGGCGGUGUUUGGGUGGGGGUACCUGGAGGUUAGGAAUAGGCAGUAG